AACGUCCUUUUCUUCCAUCUCCAUUUAAUUCCACCUAACCUACUCAAAACCUAAUCUAUACGGUUGUCUUGCUCUGACCGUAGAAGAUAGACCUGCUCUUUAUUAAGACUCUCUCUCUCUCCUAAAAAGUAAAUAAAUCCUCUCUACAUCUUUAUCGACGUUUCUUUGAGGGGUUCCUAUCCCAGCAGCUUGUGAGAUGGACUAAGAGUUUCUUCACUUCUCCUCGCAGACAAUUCACCUGAUCCGCCCACCUGAGUGCUUUAUGAGUGAUGGUUAUCUCUCGCUCUUAGAGUGGGUCUCGCUCUCACUUUGCUUGUGCAGUCGGGCUUCUCACACUACGAGACAGAAUCUUCUCCUCUGGAUGUUGAGUUCUCAACUCAUCACAUCUAAGACGGCAUAAAAAUGGUUCACGGUGGUGUUAAGUUUCCCUCUGUAUUCGUGGUGGACAGCAAAGCGAGACCCCCUCCGCUGCCCCCUAAACCGGGUCGUAGGCAGAGGAGAGAGGUGAUCCAGACGCUGCUGGUGAUUCUGGUGUUUGUAGCUCUGUUCGGCAUGGUAGUGGAGGCCUGUUUCAUCUAUUAUCUUUACACAUCCAACGAAAAGCCUACCCCUUCAAGUGAUCAACAGACUGCAAUGAGUAAACAAGAUAAAGAACAUAAGGUCCCCCCCAAACAAAAGCCAAGUGGAGCCAUAGACCCGUCGAAACCAAUGGCACAGCUGACAACUGGUCAUACUGGAAUAGGAAUCAUGUUGUGGAACCAAAGCCAGGAAUCUAUCCUUUAUCGCAUAAAACACAAUGAGAAAGAAGGCAAACUCAUCAUAGAGCAGGAUGGAUUCUAUUCCAUUUACUCCAAGAUCCACUUUGAGGAGACCAACCUAUAUUGGACGCACUCUGUGUCCCGGACAUCACCACGCUACACAGGAGGAGAGAUGCUGCUUCUUCAGUCCAGCAGACAGCGUCCUAAGCCCAUGAGGCCAGGAUCUAGAACCUUAGACAACAGCUUUCUCAGCGGAGUGUUCAAUCUCUUCAAAGGUGAUGCGGUUUUUGUCAGGGUGGAAGAAUGUAAACUUGUGUUUUCAAAUUCAGCUGAGAACUACUUCGGAGUGUACAUGGUUUAAGUGACUUCAUACGUACAGAAAAUGUGCAUUUAUUAAUUAAUCAAGUCAAGUUUUACACAUAAAGAAACAAAUGGUUUCAAGAAAAGUCAUAUGACAAAUCAAAAAUGUCUUGAUUAGUUACUGUAUCAUAGAAAUUUCUUACAGAAAUCAAAACUUUGACAAUGAAAAUGGCCUUUUAUGAAAAAUACCAGCAAUACAGAUCAAUUUUAUUGAUUUAGUUAUUUAUUAGAUACUUAUAUUUUUUAUAUAAUAAAACAUGCCAGUAUGAUCUUAACGUCCCGUGAACAGGAAGUUGCAUCAUUUUAACGUAUUCUGAUGCAUUUCCGAGUGAAACGGAACUUUCGAUGAGAAAGAUAGUGGACGUGGUUUUUGUCUUUCUCUGCGAUUUGAAUGGAUUUAUAAAAACACCUGUUGUGUUUUGAAAUGGAACUGGCAGCAGACAGACAGUUGAAGGGGAGGAGUUAACAGAUGCUCCGCCCAAGCAGUCUAACAUACGUUAUUAUGAAGACACAGGAAUGUUUAAAAGAAAAUGAACCCACAUUGACAAACCAUUCACAAUAAACGCUGCAAUAUUUCAUGAAAAAAUAGACAUUGUAAAUUUUUAUUUUACUGGGACUUUAAUGUCAGAUUCUUUGUGAAUGUAAUGUAUGUUUUGUAUUGAUGAUGGGGCACUUUAAUGCUUUAUUGCAGUCAACCGUAAGUGUAGCUCAUAAUAGAAAAUUCAAAUGUGAAAGGACUUUUACACUGAAGUCUUAAAAGCAGAAGCAAUAUAUUUGAACAUUUUUUAUUAUUAUAGAAACAUAAAUUUAAAGAAUAUGACGCCUUUAAAAAGAUGUACAUAUGACAUCCGGACUCUUCCAUGUAACAUGACAAACUUUUGUAGAAAAGCAUUUUUUUUAAGCAUCUGCAGACUACUGCAGUAUGAGUUUUACUAUUUUAUUUGUAAUAAACAGACUUUGUAAUGAAAAAUACAAAUAUUCAGGUACAUUUAUAAAGAUAUGUUUGCAGUGGCUGUUCAGCCCUGUUACAUUCAAAGUGUUUUAUAUAAAAUGUUAUGGAGGUCAGUGCAAAACUAGGCUUUAAAAACCACAACUAGAACAUUUCAUUUCAUCAUCUAUCCACACUGACAGAUAUUAGAAAAUAAUUCUUGAUAAUGUCAUACUGUAUUAAAUUAAAUUACAGUUUAUUUGGUAUUUUGCACAUGUAUUUUUACAAUUUAAAAUUGUGCCUAUAUUUCUAUUUAAUUCAACUCUAUGUAAUUUUCCAAAGGUACUUAUCAUAUGUAUCUUAUAUUUGUAAAUGUGCUUAUUUCUUAAAUGA